AUGGCCAGAUCUCGGUCGAGGUCCCGAUCGGAGCCGCGGCGGGGCGACGCUCGUGGCGCGGAGCGUCAUGUGAUACAUGUGCAGUCCGAAAUGGCAGGCGUCCUCAUCGGCAAGGGCGGCGAUACCAUCAACACGCUCUGCCGCGACAGCGGCGCCAGCAUCAACGUGUCCCGGGAUGAGGCGCAAGGAAACGAGCGCGCGGUGACUAUCCGUGGCACUAAAGAGGCGAUCGACAAGGCGGUGAAAGGAAUUGAGGAGAUCAUUGAGCGCGAGAAAGGCCGGAGCCGGCGUGAGGAAAAAUUCGAGGAACGUGAGGAAAGCGAUGAGGACAGGGAUGAGGCCAAGAAGGUCAUGUAUGUCUCUGGUACCUUUGUGGGCAUGAUCAUUGGGAGAGGUGGCGAGAGCAUCAAGGCCAUGUCCCGCGAGAGCGGCGCGCGCAUCGAAGUGUCCAAGGAUGACCUGGGAGAUCGCGAUGCGGACCGCACCGUGACCAUCCUGGGAACACAGGACGCUGUGGACAAGGCCAGUCGCAUGAUCGAAGACAUCGUCUCGCGUUCCGAGGAGGAGCCGCAUUUCGGCCCGGCGCCCCGGCCGCGCACGGUGGAGGCUCCGCCGGGAUUUGAGGAAUGCGAACAGGAGGAGUGGCUCUACAACCCGUCCACGAAGGAGUAUUUCAGCAAAAAGUCUGGUGCAUUGGCAUGGCUCAACGACAGCGGCAUUUUUUGCCCCAUCAGAGAAGGCGUGAAGCACAGUGAUCUUCAGCCAGUGACCGCUGGCACCGCUGUGCUCUCCGCCGCCAACGGCGGCGCGGUGCCGAAGACGGUGGUGAUCCCGGACCUGCACCGAGUGGCGAUGGCCCUGAAGCUUCCCUUGGACCACGUGGAUUCGCCCUGCGCCAUGCUGGCCGUCUUCGGCGGCUCGGAGCCGCAGCCGGCGGCCAUGAAUUUCCAUGAGAAACUGCUGCGGAGGAUUUCGUCCUGGCGCAGUGUUUGGAUGGAGCAGGCAUGGCUGGUGGCAAUGAAUGCCGCUAUGAUGGACCUCGCGGGCUCAGGCCCACUACCGGUGAUGGCUGCUGCCCUGCAGAUGGGCCCCCGCCUCGUCUGCGUUGCCUCGCCGGGCGCUCACCUGGCGCUCAGCGGCGCGCCGCCGCCACUGGUGACGGAGGGCGGCAGUGGCGCCUUCGCGCUGCUGCAACGGGGCGAGACGGAGACUCCGCCGCCGGUUUUGGUUGCGCUGGUCACGGGGUGCAAAGCUGCGAGCCUCACCGCAGACACGAGCCGGUCCUUGCUGGAAGGCCGCCCCCGUGCCGCGGCCCUGCACCUUGCGAAAUCUCUCCGGGAGGCGGGUGAGACUGGACACUUGGCCACGGCAUGCGCUCGCUUGAGCUUCGUGGAGGAGAACCCCUUACUGGAGAAGAAGGUCGCUGAGAAGAAACCGAAACUUGAGGAGAAACUGAACAAGGUCCGCGUGCGUCAGAUCCUGAUCCGUUUCUGGUCCGGCAAGGGGCCGCAUCCCAUGAACCCCGUGGCGCGCAAGCCCGUUCUGCGGAAACUGGACGAAGCGGAGCUACUGAUGCUGGAGAUCUUAGAGAAGUUGCUGGCGCAGAAGUGUCAGAACUUCCCACAGCUCUGCAAAGCGUCCUCGGAGUGUGGCAGUGCGCUGAAGGGCGGUGCUGACAACGGCGACCUGGGAUGGCUGGACCAGGCGAAGGUGGCCGCCUUGGCCCGAGCCAAGGGUCAGCCGCUGGCACCACCCAGCUCGGCAGUUCAAUCCAGCGUGCCGGUGGCAGUGGUGAAGACGGCCUUUGCACUGAAGAAGGGCGAGUUGAGCGAUUUGGCGGCCCGGCUUGGUGGUUUCAGAGGUGGGCGUCCACCUUGUCCAGCGCACAGGCUGAUGGCUGGAACUGAGUUGGGUGAAGAUCUUGGAGUUGGCCCAGCAGAAGGUCCAAAAAUUCAAAAUCCCAAGUUCUUGAUCUCCAGAAAAAAACUGGAUGGAGAUGUUUUGAAAUUGGCAUCUCCCAUCAGUGUUGUGCUAGAGAGCUUCCAGAUGGCGAUGAAGGCGGAGAUGUUCGAGUUGGUGCGGGUGGAGGACCGGGGCGCGGCCGGUCAGCUGGGGGGAUGGUUCGAGUCCGCCAAGGAUGUGACCGGGAAGUGGGUGUUCCUAAAGGAGGUGAGUUUGCAGCAGACGAUCCCCAAGAUGGAUCACUUGACCUGCUUCCUCCCGGGCACUUUGGCACUGGACGUCUUCCACCAUGCUAUGGAGCGUUAUGGGCCGCGCUCUGUUCAACCGCAUUUGCUGGAGAAGGAUCGUGCGGCCGAGCUGACCUUGGCUCAUAAGCUCACGCAGUCCUGUGUGCACAUGUACUUCCGCACUUCGACGGAUAUGGCUCCCGAGAUUACCCGCUUCAACGGGCAUGGCUUGCAGGAUGACUUGCAGUCCAUGCACAACAUCCUGAGACCUGAGACAGUGGAGAGUCUGUAUCUCAUGUGGCGCACCACCAAGCUGCAGAUCUACCGCAACUGGGGCCAGCGGCUUCUGGCCGCCUUCUACCGAAGGAAGACGCCUUAUGGCUUCUGUAGCCUGCACAAUGUCAACAAGGCUUCGUCCAAGCGGGACGAGAUGCCCUCCUUCUUCACCGCCGAAACCUUGAAGUACCUCUUUCUUCUCUUCUCCUCAGACUCCGCUCUCCCGUUGGAUCAUUUCGUGCUGAGUACCGAGGCGCAUCCGGUGCCGGUGCUGCCGACUCUCAAGCGCUUGGGAGUCCAGUGGCCCUGCGAUUUGAAUGACACAGCUGCGCCGACCCCGUCCACCGGGGCCGAGAACGUUCCCGGAAGUCCACAGCCGGAGGUGCUGCUCCGCGCCUUGCAGGUGAUGGCAGAGUUGUUGGACCACGGGGGCAAAAAAGUGCGGGGAG